AUGAAUGAUCUACCUGAUAUAGAGACCAGGAAUGUAGAUUCUAAUCACAGUGAAUCAUCCAUGACAGAGAAUGAUGUACCUGAUAUAGAGACCAGGAAUGUAGAUUCUAACCAGAGUGAGUCAUCCAUCACAGAGAAUGAUGUACCUGAUAUAGAGACCAGGAAUGUAGAUUCUAAUCACAGUGCGUCAUCCAUCACAGAGAAUGAUGUACCUGAUAUAGAGACCAGGAAUGUAGAUUCUAAUCACAGUGAAUCAUCCAUCACAGAGAAUGAUGUACCUGAUAUAGAGACCAGGAAUGUAGAUUCUAACCAGAGUGAGUCAUCCAUCACAGAGAAUGAUGUACCUGAUAUAGAGACCAGGAAUGUAGAUUCUAACCACAGUGCGUCAUCCAUCACAGAGAAUGAUGUACCUGAUAUAGAGACCAGGAAUGUAGAUUCUAAUCACAGUGCGUCAUCCAUCACAGAGAAUGAUGUACCUGAUAUAGAGACCAGGAAUGUAGAUUCUAACCAGAGUGAGUCAUCCAUCACAGAGAAUGAUGUACCUGAUAUAGAGACCAGGAAUGUAGAUUCUAACCACAGUGCGUCAUCCAUCACAGAGAAUGAUGUACCUGAUAUAGAGACCAGGAAUGUAGAUUCUAACCACAGUGCGUCAUCCAUCACAGAGAAUGAUGUACCUGAUAUAGAGACCAGGAAUGUAGAUUCUAAUCACAGUGCGUCAUCCAUCACAGAGAAUGAUGUACCUGAUAUAGAGACCAGGAAUGUAGAUUCUAACCAGAGUGAGUCAUCCAUCACAGAGAAUGAUGUACCUGAUAUAGAGACCAGGAAUGUAGAUUCUAAUCACAGUGCGUCAUCCAUCACAGAGAAUGAUGUACCUGAUAUAGAGACCAGGAAUGUAGAUUCUAACCAGAGUGAGUCAUCCAUCACAGAGAAUGAUGUACCUGAUAUAGAGACCAGGAAUGUAGAUUCUAAUCACAGUGCGUCAUCCAUCACAGAGAAUGAUGUACCUGAUAUAGAGACCAGGAAUGUAGAUUCUAACCAGAGUGAGUCAUCCAUCACAGAGAAUGAUGUACCUGAUAUAGAGACCAGGAAUGUAGAUUCUAAUCACAGUGCGUCAUCCAUCACAGAGAAUGAUGUACCUGAUAUAGAGACCAGGAAUGUAGAUUCUAACCAGAGUGAGUCAUCCAUCACAGAGAAUGAUGUACCUGAUAUAGAGACCAGGAAUGUAGAUUCUAAUCACAGUGCGUGA